CUUUCCUUGCUGAGGAGGCGGGUGCCAGUCAAACAGACGGAGGCGUUGGUGGCAGUGAUUGAAUCGUUUGGUAUCAGCUGUUCUCCUCGUUUCUCGGACAAUUUACUGCAUUUUUUUAGAGAAACAGCGGGCCGAAGCUGGAGACACCCUGCAACUAUGUUUGACUUGAAGAAGAGGAAUAGUCUGACCCUGAACUGCCAUGAGGCGGAGGAGUUCAGACGAGUGGCGGUCAGGCGGAAGGUUAAAGGUGCUGCGAUGGACCGCAACUCCUCGCAUACAGCAGUGAGCUCCGGGGUGUGUGGCUCAUACAGCUGCGGUCGAGCUUGUGACAGCAUCUGUGGAUCAAACCCUCAACUCGGUGCAGAGGAGGACGUGAAGAGAAGCCCCGCUAAAGGAUCACCUUUCAAACCACAAGUGCCUCCUAAACCAGCUCACCUCCAGAGUCCUCUGAGGGCAGGACAACCUCGAGCCCACAGUCCUACAACAGGAAAAGUACUACCUCAGCGAGUUAAUGGCACAGAUCAGGACAGUCCUGACAGAGGAAUUGCACUUUGUGUUCCCUGUAUCAGCCCAACACAGAAUUGUCUCAGCUCCCCAAGUCCUGUCAGGGGAGGACGGAACGGUUUUUUAAAUGGUGUGUCUGGACUUAGCCCUGCCAGACACACUCAGAGGAUUCCAAAUCUUACAAGCAGUCCAGUUUUCGGUUCUCCAAGUCCAGGCAAAAGAGGCCUUCAGAGCUGUAGCCUGGUAAAGGAAGGAGGGCACAGCCCUGCAAAGUUGUCCCCAAGGAACCAUAGCCCACUCGCAGGGAAACUGCGGACCCCCAGCCCUGUGCAGUGGAGGAUGGGGAGCUACAGUCCAGCCAAGAACUCUAAAUCCUGGUUAGGACUGCCCCGAAUCCCAAGCUGCAAGAUGGAUGGAAAAGGGAGAGGCACGGGGAAAUCUUUGAGUGUGCCUGACUUGAUCGUUUACAUGGAUGAGAGCAGCAGGGUUCCUACUGAAAAAGCCGAACGCUCACCACUGAAAAUGCUGCAAUCACCCAACUGCAGCGGGCAAGGCAUCACCUUCAGAGUCCCCGUCAACAACAGACUCAAUCAUUCUACAAGUGAAGUCUAUAUAUCAAGCAGUGGCAAAGAGCAUUCCCCUACAAACAUGGAUGCCACGGUGCAGGGGAAAGAUUGUACAGUGGUAAAUGUUAAAGGAACAAAUGAUGGAAUGGAAGAAGGCAAGAUGCACAAAGGAUACGGCUCCAAGUUUUCCUGCCAGUGGAAUAAGGCAACUACAGAAGACGGCAGGAUUUACAAGGAGUCUGAAGGUGCACAAAAUGAGGUGGAGGAGAAGGAGGAGGAGAGGAAGGAAAGAAUAGUAGGUGAGCCAAAAGAUGAGGAGAACCCAGAGCAGAAAUUGUACAAGAUUGCCAAUGAACUCCUGCAAACAGAGAGGGCCUAUGUGGCUCGACUCCACCUGCUAGACCAGGUGUUCUGCCUUCGCCUAACAGAAGAGGCAGGCCGAGGCUCAUUUCCUCCUGAGGUGAUCAGAAACAUCUUCUCCAACAUCUCCUCCAUCUACUCCUUCCACGGCCAGUUCCUGCUCCCUGACCUGGAAAACUGCAUCAGCCGCUGGAGUGAGAGCCCAGGCCUGGGGAAGGUUAUGCUGCAACAUGCACCCUUCCUGAGGAUGUACGCUGACUACGUCAGGAACUUUGACCAGGCCAUGGAGCUGGUGAGGACCUGGACAGAACGCUCCUCUGCCUUCAGGAACAUCAUCCAGGACAUACAGAGUCGGGAGGAGUGUUGCAGCCUGACUCUGCAGCACCACAUGUUGGAACCAGUCCAGAGGGUCCCACGUUAUGAGAUGCUGCUCAGGGAUUACCUGAAGAAACUGUCAGAGGAUAACCCAGAUUAUGAGUUUGCUCACAAGUCCUUGCAGACCAUUUCCAUGGCAGCAACCCACUCAAACAGCGCCAUCCACAGAGCUGAGAGCCUGAAGCGGCUGCUGGAGAUAUACGAGAUGGUUGGAGAGGAGGAAGUGGUCAACCCGACCAACGAUUUCCUCAGGGAAGGUCGGCUGCUCAAGCUUGCUGCCAGGAACACAUCUGCUAUGGAGAGGCACCUAUUCCUGUUCAACAACUUCCUGCUGUGCUGCACUCCUAAGUUCAGCUUGGUUGGCCAGCGUUUUACCGUGCGCUGCAGGAUUGGAGUGGACGGCAUGCAGGUGCAGCAGACAACCAAUGACGGCCACCCAUACAGCUUCCAGGUGUCUGGAAAGGAGAAGACCCUUGAGCUGCAGGCCAGCUCUGAACAAGACCGAGAUGAGUGGCUGAAGGUAAUUCAAGGAGCCAUUGAUGUCUUUCAGAAGAAACAUGAAACUUUCAAAUUGGCUUCAAAGGAGCUCGAGGCAGAAGAACCAACGGAGGAACUCGGCAGACGUGCCCCCCGCUGGAUCAGAGACAACGAGGUGACCUUGUGUAUGAAAUGCCAAGAACCUUUCAACGCGCUCACCAGGAGAAGACAUCACUGCAGAGCCUGUGGCUGCGUGGUGUGCUGGAAGUGUUCAGACAAUAAAGUGGCUUUAGAGUAUGACGGUAACAAGCUGAACAAAGUGUGCAAGGCCUGCUACUCCAUCCUGACUCAGAGAGGGGAGAGGGUGGAGGGAAAGAAGAGACGAAUGCUGGAGUCGGAGGUGUCUGCAGUGUCCCAGGACGGCAUCAUGAGUGGCUUCCUGCUAUACGGUGACAACCCCAAGACCUGGCAGCAGGUGUGGUGUGUUCUCAGCAGGACUGAGCCCCUGACCCUCUGUCUGUACGCUGCUCCACAGGAUGAGAAGCCCCUGUCCUGUAUACGUCUACUUGGCUGCAGCGUGGAGGAUUCCCCUCAGGAGCUCCAGGGUCACCCUUGUUUCUGUUUAAGCCAAUCCAGAACAACCCAUACUUUCUCCUGCGAUGGCUCGGACCUUAAACGGAGCUGGAUGACCGCCCUGAAAGCUGCGGUGACAGGCAGGAUCCCAGCAGGUUCACUCAGCGGCUGUGACAUCACCAGUGGCUCCAAAUGUGGUAUUAAUGGUAAUGUGACCGGCGGAAGAGACUCUAGCGAUGAGGAAUUUAUCAUCAUUGGCGAAACAGAAAACCACGUCCUCAUAUAAACAUACUGCAGCAGAUGAAACAAGUCCAUUGAUGUUUAAGACGGUAGCUUUAAAUGGUGUGUGAUGGAAUGAAUGAAAUUUUCAAAUGUAAUUCAGGAAUGUAAAGGUUGUUAAUACAUGAUAUUCAGACUGAGACCUGCGUUUCCUUAUAAGUGGCGAUGCACUUUAUUUCUGAAAUGGUUUACAGUAAAAUAAAUAAAGUGAAGGUGUUUUAACGCGA